UUGGCGCACGCGGAAGUGGUUCUAAUCAAUUUCCUUUUCCUAAAAAUUUUCAAAUAAUAUUUAUCAAAACUUUAUAAACAAGUAAUCCAGCUACAUAAUAGAUUUUUUUUAUUUCGACAUCAUAAUUAAUAACGACUGUCACGUAAUUAGUAUAUGCAUUAACAGUGAAUCGGUAGGCGAAGUAAAUAUUUUUGUUGUGUAAAAUGGAAGUUACGGAUAUAAAUGAAUUAUUAAAUGUUCGAGCUAUAAAGAUGGAAAAUAGUGAAAAUGGUUUUGCUGAGGAUGCAGAAUGUGUUGAAACGUCUGAUCCUCUAUCAGUCAUACCGCAGUACGUCACGGAAUCCGAUCUAGGCCUCAUGCAGACGGGAACGGAAAUACUCGAAGGUCCAUUGACAGUUUUCACCGAUACAAAUGAUGAUGAAGACACUAUGCAGAGCACGGAUUCGAGUGAGGAGUUGAUAGAAGUAGUUCAGCUCAUGGACAUACGGACGAGGCUGUCCCGCUUGAAAUCGAUGCUAGAGAGACGUCUGAACACCGAUCUGUCUGAAUACACAUUCUGGCUUCAAGAUGCUAAAAUGUUGGAAAACCAUAAAACUCUAGUCGAGCAAUGCAUACGUGGUUCCGGCGUCGUCCAAGUUAACGUACAGAUACGAUCCUUUCAAAAGAAAAUCAAUAUAAUGGAUGUCCUCAAGCCUGAUGAGGAGCUCUUGCAGCUUCCCCAGGAAGAAGAGUAUAUGGAAGAAUUGGUCCCCCAAACUCCGGAGCCCCAGCCGGAAGUGGAACAGCCGCACGCGGCCGCUGUUAAAUGGGUGGUCGACGCUAACUUCCGCACCGACCACAGCCGGGCCAGAAUACCGGAUGAUCCGGCCGAAUGGUCGGUCCAACAUGUAAAGCUGUGGAUCCAGUGGGCGGUUCGUCAGUUCAAUCUCCGAGGUGUGCGCUUGUCUGAUUGGGCGAUCCCUGGCCCAGAACUUUGCAGUCUUUCGAACUUGCAUUUCAAAGAAAAAGUACCAUCAGACCCUGGGGACCUGUUCUGGACACACUUUGAGUUACUACGGAAAUGUAAAUUUAUAGCCGUUGUGCAGAACGAGGAACAGACAGCGGUUAAGGAUGUACUGGAGAUGCCGCAGUCUGCUAUCAAGAAAAAGCCGAAACAGUUAAUAAUUCGUCCGUCAGAUGAAGACAUAUGCCCGUACGUCACGUCCAGGAACGGGAACAAUGGUCAGAUACAACUGUGGCAGUUCCUCCUCGAGUUGCUGACCAGCGCUGAAUACUUCGACGUCAUAAGAUGGCACGGUACGGAAGGUGAAUUCAAGCUGCUGGAGCCAGAGCGGGUGGCUCGUCUGUGGGGGAAGCGGAAACACAAGCCGGCGAUGAACUACGAGAAGCUGUCGCGGGCGCUGCGGUACUACUACGACGGGGACAUGAUAGCGAAGGUCGCGGGGAAGAGAUUCGUCUACAAGUUUGUGUGCGACUUACGGCAACUGCUCGGCUACGGAGCGGGCGAGCUCGCGGAGCUGGUGAAGGAGGUGUACGACGCUAAGCUAACCGAAGACAAUGAUGCUAUGACGUAGACAUUAUAAUAUACAAACUAAGAAGCCAAGUAAAUCUUAAUCGAGGACUGCGGGUUGAAACCCGGCAAGAAUCCUUAUAAAACUUACCUGCGUCGAAUGAAAAUAUGCCACACGUAUCUUAGCCCAGCAGUGGGACAUAACCACGCUGCUACUUAAAAUUUAUAUAAACUAACUUACAUUUCUAUGUCGAAUUUCGUCACGUUCGAUUUUAUUUCGAGUUUAGACGUGAUGAACAAACAAACAGUUUUUUAUUCGCAUUUAAGAUAUUAUCAUUGAUAAUUUGAUAUAUUUAUAUAAUGAUAAUGAUUUUAAUUCCGAUAUUACGAAAUCAAAGCAAUUGUGAACAUUUUGUUUAAACUUUAACUUUCUAUAUUUACUAUCAAAUUUAAUUUAAGAAAGAAACUGUGUCUAAUGUGAGUUUUAUUUAUUUAAUCGAUAGUGCUGUCACGGUAAAUAUAUAUAUUUAUACUGUGGUAUUAUCGAUAAUUGUAUGGAAUGAAAACAGCGCCAUCUAGUGACAAUAAUUAGAAGGUAAAAAAUAUUCAAUAUAUAUUUUUUAAAUGACUGCUUGCUGUUGGCCUGAAAGGUUUUGAUAAUGGUGGGGGUUGAAUCUUAAAGAUACUCAGCUAGAUGCUGCGGGCUCACUUAAGGUUUAAGAGUAUGCGUGUCCCAAGGGCGUGUCCUGUGAGGUCGAACUUCCACGUAGGACACUGUUGACGUCGGGAGGAACUUUGAGUGUGCAAUGUACCUAAGUCCGCCUAAGCGCGGUUGUAUAUUAAAAUAGUAUAUUCUAUCGCAGUUGAAAGUCAACGCUAUCGAAUAAGUAAAAAAAAACUCGCUCUAGGCACACUAACCAUAGCUAAGAAACGUUAAAACAAUAUUGUUUUUGUUAACCGACUAUAAAUAAAAAAUAGUUCAUUAGUUACUGUCCUUAUAUAAUAAUAUAUAAUCUUAUAUUUACAUAUUCCAUGCGAUUUUACUGACAUGCGAUUUAUUUAUGAUACAACAUUAUUUGACGAGCCAUUUGGCGUGGUUGGUAGAUACUUGCCUUUCACGUCGAAGGUUGUGGGUUCGAUUUCCACCCAGGACAGCCAUUUGUGUGCAUGAACAUGUCUGUUUGUCCCGAGUCUGGGUGUAAUUAUCUAUAUAAGUAUGUAUUUACAAAAGAAAAGUAGUAUAUGUAGUAUAUCAGUUGUCUGGUUUCCAUAGAACAAGUUCUGCACAGGCUUAAUUUGGGAUCAGAUGGCCGUGUGUGAAUAAUAUCUCAUGAUAUUACUAUUAUUAUUAUAAAACUACUUAUAUUCAUUUUAAUUUUACUUCCAAACUUCAGAUAGUAACUACGCUGACAUUAAAAACGCCAUUUUUUCGCGAAUCCAUAUUGAACAGCACAGAUUAUAUAAGGUCAUGGUCGUUUAUUUAUCUUUAUUGCUCAUGUCAUUGGAAUUUUUAUUACACUGGCUCACUUGUCCUUCAAAUCGAAAUACAACAAUACAGUGUAUUGUGAGCUUAAGUGUAAGCCUAACUGUUAGUACAGUCAGCAACAAACGCAAUGAACUGCACGCAUUAUAUAUAUUUAGAUGUUAAAAUAUAUCUUUAUAUUAGAGGUAAGGUUGUAUAAAAAAUAUUACACGUUUAUUUCAAAAACCAUUUAAAAUUGUUUUUUUUUCAAUGUUUGUUCAAACAAUGAUUUGAACGUUAAAGGAUCGUUUUAUUUUUAUUAUAAGGAAUUAUGUACAAAUAAAGUUUAUUGAUGUUUUUUA